CAGAGCUGACAGCUGCAGGUAAUGGUAACUUUAUUCCAAGGUCUGGAUUUGAAAGCCGCCGUUCUUCAUACUCGAUAUAGAAUAGCCCGGUCAAUCUUUGGAUCUUUAGGCCCAACCAUUGUUAGGGUUGGGUGGGAUUGUGUCAUUAAAGGGCCCUGCGACCCCCCUGAACUCGAAGCGCUCCUCUACAUUGCAGAGCACACUACUAUUCCAGUUCCUCGAGUUCGAUGUACCUACAAUGGGCCAGGCGGCAUCUAUAUCAUGAUGGAUUACAUUAAAGGCACAAACCUCGAAACUCUGUGGAUGCUCGGCCUGUUGAAGCCAGAGGAACAGGAUGCCAUUGUCAAUGAUAUGGCGGUUAUCUUAACUCAGCUUCGAGCGCUUCGUCCUCCUAAAGAAGGGGUAGUUGCAUCUGCUCAAGGUGGAGCUAUUCUUGAUUAUCGCAUCGGUAGUCAUCUUGUUGGGCCAUUUCAGUCUCAUGCCAACUUUCAUUCUUUCUUACGAGGUGGUGUUCCAUUGGAAACUACAGCUAAGGUUUUUGGGGAAGAGGUUGCAAUCUGCCAUCACAACAAUUACCAGACUUUUUUUUCACAUGCGGAUUUAGCCCCACGGAAUAUCAUUAUACGCAAGGGCAAGAUUGUGGGAGUUGUGGACUGGGCAUUAGCAGGCUGGUACCCAGAGUAUUGGGAUCUAACAAAGACAUACUACACUUCCUUCAAGGUGCCGGAGUGGUAUGAAAAAAUCAAACUUAAACUUCCUUCAUAUGAGGAUGAGCUCAUGGCAGAAAAGAUUCUUUGGAGGCUAUAUGAUGAACCAGGGAAUGUUAUGCGCAACUAG